AUGAAGUCACGACCACUCACGAUGUUGUUGCCCAGUCAUAUUCAAUGUUUUCGAGCCACACUUUCGGAACAAGAAGAAAUUAAACAAUUUCAUGUUCCUAUUCAUUUGGAAACUUCGACUCGGAAUGAAGAGGAAAGAAUUGUUCAAGAAAGUUGUUUACAUGAGGAUUUUCCUGCUCUGUAUUCGGAAAGUGAUUUUGAGGAGAGUAUGGUUUGGAUAUUGAGAGAUGAGGCUUCUAAUCGUAUUGUUGGAUGUGUGGAUUUAUAUGUGAGUCCCUCGAUACAGACCGAAUUUCAAGUUUUUGCAACUCUUGAAGUUGCAUUCCAGAAUCGAGAUGAAGAGAUUAAUUCAAAAUUGAGGAAUGGAAAACAAGCAUGGAUUCGAAUGUUAUCUGUUCAUCCAAUGUACAGAAAGCAAGGCCUAGGACGAUAUCUACUAACUGUUGCGUUGGAAGAAGCAAGAAAACAGCAAGUGGAAACCGUCUUGUUGGUCACGCUGCCGGAGGUCAUGCAGUCAGCUGUGAAAUUAUAUGAAAGUGAAGGUUUCAAAUUAUUGGAGCGAGACAGAACAACCCAUUUCCUUGUCGAUACAAUGGUGAGGAUGGUUUGA